UAACAUAUUCACGGUGGUAAAGGACGGCUAGAAAUCAUAUAUACAAUGAGUGAUAACAACUCCUUAUCGUCGCGUGUCAUGAACAUGAAGUUCAUGAGACGCGCGGAAAUCAAACAGGCGGAUCUCCAGCAGGAGGAGAAACAGAAGGAGUACCACGACUUGUCUGAGUGGAAAUCACCGUUGGCCGCCCGCUACGCCAAGCCAAAGGCCCGUGCCCAGGUUAUUAAUGUGGGCUAUUCCAGCAUAAAUGCUAUUGGUACGACUGCAGAGGUUGUGGUCGAGGAAGAGCCAAAGGUUGGUAGAAAAACCUGGGGUGAUUCUGCGAGCAAAGAGGUAUGUAUGAAAGUUUUCAGAGCGUGACAUGUCAGAGCUUGUUUGAUCUUUGAGAAGGUUCUGAGGGGGAUAAGCUUGCCAUUGGGUUAGAUAAAGAUUGAGAAAUCCAAUGUCGCAAGGUGAGAGCAAUAUGGUAGCAAAUCGUGAGAUAUCCGUAUUUACACAAAGUUUUGUGUAAGAGGCGCACCAUUCUGUGGGAUAAAACGAUUUUUACACACUGUGUGAGAUAAAUCAGUGCCAAAGACUUGGAUACAGCAUUACUGAAGGCGUAUAGUUUGUGAUAACACUAUCCAAGCUUGAAUGAUACCACGAAAUUGAUCACCAGUUUUGCGAAGAGAAAUAUCUGAUUCUAUGGCAGUGUAACGGUGUCUCCUUAUACCUGAGAGUAUAUCCG